CGGCUCUCUCGGUGGUGCUGACGCUGGGGCCUAGGCAUUUCCCUCCCUUUAUGCUGUUCUGGAUGUUCCUUCCUUUCAUUAGGCCCUACGUGGCCCGGGCGAGGAGUUGAAAACAACAGAAAGGGAAAGAGAAAGAGAACACGCCCCCAGACCCCGGCCGCGGACGCCAGGGAGGGGGCCGCGGAGGCUGAGCCAGGCGGUGGCCGGCGGCGAGCGGAGUGGGAGCCGAGGAGCGGCCGCUGCCCCUUGCCUUCCGCCUUCCUCCUCUUCUUCCCUUUCCCCCUGGAGGGGGUGGGGAGCGGGAACCCGAGAGGGAGGACGCGAAAUAGAAAACCGCCCCGCAGACAACCAGCCGGAGCGCGCGGGGACCCAUGGCUUCGCUGUACCAGAGGUUUACGGGCAAGAUUAACACCUCCCGGUCGUUCCCGGCGCCGCCGGAGGCGAGCCACCUCCUGGGCGGCCAGGGGCCUGAGGACGACGGCGCGGGGCCCAAGCCCCUCGGAGCCCAGGCGACCGCGGCGGCUCCCCGGGCGCGCGGCAGCGGCGCGGGUGGCCGGCCCCGGUUCCAGUACCAGGCGCGGAGCGACUGUGACGACGAGGACGAGCUGGUGGGGAGUAAUCCCCCACAGAGGAAUUGGAAAGGAAUAGCAAUCGCACUGCUUGUGAUUCUCGUGAUCUGCUCCUUGAUUGUCACCUCAGUCAUACUGCUGACACCAGUGGAAGACAACAGUUUGUCUCAGAAGAAGAAGGUCACAUUGGAAGAUCUCUUCAGUGACGAGUUCAAAGUUCACGACCCGGAGGCCAAGUGGAUAAGUGAUAAAGAAUUCAUCUACAGAGAACAGAAAGGAAGUGUGAUACUGCGGAAUGUUGAAACAAAUACUUCCACGGUGUUAAUAGAAGGCAAAAAACUUGAAUCACUAAGAGCCAUCAGAUAUGAAAUAUCUCCAGAUAAAGAAUAUGCUCUCUUUUCAUAUAACGUGGAACCCAUCUAUCAGCACUCCUAUACUGGAUAUUACGUCCUGAGCAAAAUUCCUCACGGGGAUCCUCAAAGUCUAGACCCCCCAGAAGUCAGCAAUGCCAAGCUUCAGUACGCGGGAUGGGGCCCGAAGGGUCAGCAGCUGAUAUUUAUCUUUGAAAACAACAUCUACUACUGUGCACACGUCGGAAAGCAGGCUAUCCGCGUGGUCUCGACCGGGAAGGAAGGUGUGAUUUACAACGGCCUGAGCGACUGGCUCUACGAAGAGGAGAUUCUGAAGACCUACAUCGCGCACUGGUGGUCUCCGGAUGGCACGCGGCUUGCCUACACCACCAUCAACGACUCCCGCGUGCCCAUCAUGGAGCUCCCGACCUACACGGGCGCCGUGUACCCCACCGUGAAGCCGUACCACUACCCCAAGGCUGGAUGUGAGAACCCCAGUAUUUCCCUACACGUCAUUGGUUUGAACGGACCCACCCACGACCUGGAGAUGAUGCCACCGGACGACCCACGAAUGAGGGAGUAUUACAUCACCAUGGUGAAGUGGGCCACCAGCACCAAGGUCGCCGUCAACUGGCUGAGCCGGGCGCAGAACGUGUCCAUUCUCACCCUCUGCGACGCCACCACGGGGGUGUGCACCAAGAAACACGAGGAUGAAAGCGAAGCCUGGCUCCACAGACAGAAUGAAGAGCCCGCCUUCUCCCGGGACGGAGGAAAGUUGUUCUUCGUCAGAGCGAUCCCGCAGGGAGGCCAGGGGAAGUUCCACCACAUUGCCGUGUCCUCGUCCCAGCCCAACAGCAGCAAUGACAACAUACAGUCCAUCACCUCUGGGGACUGGGACGUGACCAAGAUUCUGUCGUACGACGAGAAGCGGAACAAGAUCUACUUCCUGAGCACAGAGGACCUGCCCAGGAGACGGCAGCUCUACAGUGCUAGCACGGUGGGCAGCUUCAACCGGCAGUGCUUGUCCUGCGACCUGGUGGAGAACUGCACCUACUUCAGUGCCUCCUUCAGCCACAACAUGGACUUCUUCCUGCUCAAGUGCGAAGGUCCUGGCGUCCCCAGGGUGACCGUGCACAACACAACAGACAAAGAAAAAAUGUUUGACCUGGAAACAAACGAACACGUACAGAAGGCCAUAGACAACCGACAGAUGCCUAAGACGGAAUACAGGAAAAUCUACGUGGAGGAUUAUAGUCUACCUGUGCAGAUUCUCAAGCCGGCGGUCUUCACGGACACCUCCCACUACCCCUUGCUGCUGGUGGUGGACGGCACCCCGGGCAGCCAGAGUGUGGCUGAGAAGUUCGAGGUGACCUGGGAAACGGUGAUGGUGAGCAGCCACGGAGCCGUGGUGGUGAAGUGUGACGGCCGAGGCAGUGGCUUCCAAGGCACGAAGCUGCUGCACGAAGUGAGGCGACGGCUGGGCUUCCUGGAGGAGGAGGACCAGGUGGAGGCUGUGCGGACGAUGCUGAGGGAGCAGUACAUUGAUAAGACGCGCGUGGCCGUGUUUGGGAAGGAUUACGGUGGGUACCUGAGCACCUACAUCCUCCCGGCGAAGGAUGAAAACCAAGGUCAGAUUUUCACCUGUGGCUCUGCUCUCUCUCCAGUAACAGACUUCAAGCUCUACGCGUCUGCAUUUUCCGAGAGGUACUUGGGCCUCCACGGACUUGACAACAGAGCAUACGAGAUGACCAGGGUGGCGCACCGAGUGGCCGCGUUGGAAGAGCAGCAGUUUCUUAUCAUUCACGCGACCGCUGACGAGAAAAUCCACUUCCAGCACACAGCAGAACUCAUUACACACCUAAUUAAGGGCAAGGCGAAUUACAGCCUACAGAUCUACCCGGACGAAAGCCAUUACUUCCACAGCGCCCCCCUCAGGCAGCACCUGUACCGCUCCAUCAUCAACUUCUUCGAGGAAUGCUUCCGGGCCCAGGACAGCGUCCCGACGGUCACAGUGAAGGAGGACGAGGAGGACUGAGCCGGGGCCGCAGCCGGCGCAGCGCGCGCCCUCCCAGAGCAGCACUGGGAACCCCGCCCCCCGCCCCCGCCAGGGCUGGGGUGGGGGGCAGGAAGCGUUCCCGUUCCGUAGCAUGUGUGUCUCGGGUCCUGAAGGCGGUUUGGCUUCAGACACCAGCUCCUUCCCGGUGGAGAUGCGGCGUGGCUCCCAGGGGCCCCAGGGACAUGGGACCAUCGUGGCGGGGCCUCCUGCUGGCCGCAGAGUGACUGGUGCCCCCCGCUCGCCCCCAGGAACACAGGACGGGCGGCAGUGAAGACUGGCAGCAGCAUGAAGCCCCACCUGCGUGGAGCCCCGCGGUCGCACGGCCGGCCGCUGUCCCCCGCGUGGGGCCCGCUAUAGCACAAUGUUAACGCACUCGCGCGGAGGUUGGCUUGGUCCUCGCUGUAACUAGGAGACGCGCACUGAAGGGGCUGUACAAAGGAUCACUGUAGCUUGGCUAAUGGUUAACCUGACGGAAUUAAUUCGUAUUUUUCUAUGGUUUUUACCUGACACUGUCUGCGGUCACGGGGUUGUUUUGCUGUGCUGUUUUUUUUUGGUUGUUGUUGUUUGUUUUCCCUUUGUUUUGCUCUGUUUUCUUCAGUCAGUGUGUAAGCCUUUCACUCCUUUAGAUGAAGAAACAGAUCAGAAGUAACUAACUGCUCUCUCCUCAAGGUCGUCUUCAGACUUCGGAGCUCUUUGAAAACACGGACGGGAAAGAAAACAUCCGAUACUAUUUACUAAAACAAGAAAAUGCAUAAAUAAAAGCUCUCUCCCAGCCAGCGGUAUUAGGAUUUGGCUUAGCUUUUCUUUGUCCAUUUACGUAUGUCCUUCGACCUAUGCUUUCCUUCCUCGAUAAGUUAUCCAGUCUUUUCAGAUGACCUUUGGUGAAAAAACAGAAGAAGACAAAGCGUUGAGUCCCCCCCCAGCUCUGUCACCUGUGCUGGGGAGACCGGAACCCUCGAGGAAAGUGUCGGCACGUGCCGGCAUGUCUCCCGUCCUGCUGCCACGUGCCAGCAGCCGUGUGGACGUUCUGUGCUGGCCUUGGAAGGUGCCCUCUGACCAUGCGUACAGCCGGCGUGCCCAUGUGUAUUUCACGUUGUAUAUAAAGACGGGCAUGUGUGCCAGGCAUUGUGCAGUGUCCCCCGCCCCUUCCACGGCCCCCAUCGUGAGUUUCGCUUGCAUGCCGACACGCUGGCUGGUCUGCACUAAAAGUGCUGGUUUGAACCAUACCGCUUACUGUCGUUUCCUCUGGAGCUUGUUCACAAGCCGAGUGUCAGUCCUGAGUUCCGCAGCUCCCGCUCCUGCUGGGGGGUCCUGGACAUCUUGCCAGCAGAGAAGAUGUGUCCAUGUUGCUUUGUGGUGUGUGGGGCUUUGGGUUUCAUCUGCGCAAGCUGUGAAUGUCAGUCUCGCGAGUCCCACUGGAAGGUGCCUAGCGGGGUUCUUUCUAAGGUGACAACGUCACCUGUUGUGAGAAGGAUCGAUGUGCCGACCGACAGGACCCCUGGGAAUGCUACGUGAUCACGCUUUUGCUGUUUCCGUGGCCUUGACCAACUGCAAAGCCGAUUAGGUCUGACAGGGACACCAGCUCUGGCCACGAGAUCUGGUAGGAGGGACACGAGAAUGUGGCAUGGUGCGUUUGUUCAUCCAUGGAAUAAAACAUUAUUUUACCACUUGGA